AUGGAGAAAGGCAUAGUGGAACAAGCCAGGGAGGUUUUCCAGUCUGGGAGGUCCCGACCCCUGCAGUUCAGGAUUCAGCAGCUCCGAGCCUUGCACAGACUCAUCAAGGAGCGUGAGACAGAUAUUGCAGCAGCCCUCAAACAAGACCUUAGCAGAAGUGAGUUCGACACGCCGCUCUUUGAGCUCGUCGGCCUCGAGAACGACAUAAAGUUGGCAGAGAGCAAACUUUCAGAGUGGGCAGCCCCACAGCCAGUGAGGAAGAAUCUCGUCACUAUCACAGACGAUGUAUACAUCAAGGCCGAGCCACUGGGUGUGGUACUCAUCAUCGGAGCCUGGAACUACCCUUGGGCUCUCACCUUACAGCCCCUCGUAGGAGCUAUUGCAGCCGGAAAUGCAGCUGUGGUAAAGCCCUCAGAGUUGAGUAAGCAUUCUGCUAAUCUUCUGAAAGAGCUCCUUCCUCAAUAUCUGGAUACGGAGAUGUAUCCUGUGGUGACAGGAGGGAUCCCUGAGACACAGGAGCUGCUGAGGCAGCGUUUUGAUCACAUCUUCUACACGGGAAACAGCACCGUGGGGAAGUUAGUCAUGGAGGCAGCGUCUCGACAUCUCACCCCAGUGACAUUGGAGUUAGGGGGGAAGAGCCCCUGUUACAUCGACAAGGACUGUGACAUUUCUGUGGCAUGCAGACGAGUGACUUGGGGAAAAUAUGCUAACUGUGGCCAGACCUGCAUAGCACCAGACUACGUCCUCUGUGAUCCUGGCAUCCAAGAUCAGGUGAUCGAGGGAAUUAGACAGACAUUACAGGAAUUCUAUGGCGAAGACCCAAAGUCCUCUCCAGACUAUGGCCGCAUUAUCAACCAACAUCACUUUGACAGAGUUACAGGUCUAAUGGAAGGAUGUGAAGUGGCACUUGGUGGAAAAAGUGACAGGUCCCAGUGUUACAUAGAUCCUACAGUACUGAGGGACGUAUUGCCACAUGCCAGAAUAAUGCAGGAAGAGAUCUUUGGACCUGUGCUACCAAUAGUAACGGUCAAUAGCGUCACUGAGGCCAUAAGCUUCAUCAAUGAAAGGGAGAAACCAUUGGCACUUUAUGUUUUUUCAUCCAAUAAGAAGGUGAUAGAUCGAAUGUUGACUGAGACCUCCAGUGGAGGAGUGACAGUUAAUGAUGUGAUUAUGCACUACACGCUCAGUUCCCUGCCCUUUGGUGGUGUAGGGCAUAGUGGUAUGGGUCGUUACCAUGGGAGACAUACAUUUGACCAACUUAGCCACCAUCGUGCCUUCCUUGUUAAGUCCUUGGCCAUGGAGGGACUAAACAAAGCCCGCUACCCUCCCCGGACGGCUGCACGUUUGCGCAGGGCAAAGUUUUUCCUGCAGAAACGCCUGUGCAGUUGCAGUCAGGCCAUCUGUGUAUGGGCUGUGCUCUCCACCAUACUGGCACUGGGUCUGCUCACUGCUCUAUUGGUUGUACUGCUCAAGGAUCCACGGGUCUGAACGGUCCUGGUG